AUGUGUAAAGAAAAGCCCGAGAAUCUGGUUAACGAUGCCGUGUUAAAUGGCAAGGCUUCCAUGAUUUCAAACAGCAAAUGUUGGAAACAUGAACCAGAAAACGGAACCACUGAAAACAUGAACCAGAAAAUGGAAAGCCUUAGAACUGAGGUGAAUCAAUUAAAAUUUAAAGUUGAUCCGUUGCUUACUUCAGAGAACGUCGUUGAUGAGCUAAGGAACAACAAACUAAGUCUCGUGAAAGAGAACUCUGAGUUGCGUAAGAAAAUGCUGAACCUUAGUCUUACUACAUCAGAUCUGAAAACUAAAGUAAAAGAUCUUGAACAUGAAAGAGACAGUUUAAUAACAGCACCUAAAUUACAGCAACAGGAUAUCGAACAAAAUCGAACCACCACUCAAAAACGCAUUGCAGAAUGGAAAACAACGUCGGCCCCGAAGAACAAAGACAAUCAAGCGUCUGCUACGUUGAACUUCCACAAUAAUUUUGACACCUUAGACGACGAGGUGGGCGAAGAAAAUGGGGGAACAGCCAAGUGUAAUUAACCUUGACAUUAGUCAACAAUCCGAUCCUGAUCAUCAACCAACCGAAGACAUCACAAUAAUACCUCAACUGGGAGUAAUAACGGCGGAACCUUAACUGGACACAUAACAGAUCGUAGGAACCAAAACAAAGAAAAAUCACAGGAAGCAAAACAAAGCAUAGUCAUCAUCGGUGAUUCCAUUGUAAAACACAUUAUUCCAACAAAAUUGUCUAAGAAAAAGGUGCAUAAAUUUACUUAUCCUGGUAAAACAGCCUCAGAAAUAAACAAUAAACUCGAUUAAUACAAUCGAAUCAAACCUAACGCCUUCCCACGUAGUAUUUCAUGCGGGAACAAACAACAUCCCUUCGCAAUCCGUGGACGAAUGUAUAAACGACAUUGAAAAACUUAUUGUUGGAUUGAAGGAGAAAUUUCCUAAUUCAAAAAUUGGUAUAUCUGGUAUCACAACAAGACAAGAAAUCGACUCGACAUCAAAGGUUAAUGAGGUCAACGAGAAGAUCAAGGCCAUCUCACUAAAGCAUAGUGUUAAAUUUAUUGACAACUCAUCUUUGGACGAAACCUCUCUAAACUCCAGUAAGCUGCACUUGAAUUCAAAGGGUACAGCAAUAUUCAACCUAUUUCUUCAACUUCAUUAA